AUGCGAAAAAGGGCAAAGCGCAUCAUUUUUCAAGCAACCAGAUAGACCCGGUAUUUUUCUACAUCGAUCGCUGCACUUCCUCUUCUUCUUCUUCGAUUACCCCUCAAAUCUCAACAAUGGAGGCCACCAAGGAACAAGGAGCUGGCUUACUGCACCACAUCCUCCCUCCGCGUCUCGAAGACGCAGGCCUCGAAGACUGCGCGCUCCCACCGGACUCCAUCAAAGAAGCCUUCCUCAAAGCCGCCACGGCGGUGAAGUCACGAUCCACCUCGAUCUUCACCACCGACGAAGACGAAGAAGCCUUUGAGGAUUGCAUCAGCGACCCAUGGCCUGACCUAAAGGUUCCCGCCGACGAGGUGAUCGGAGCUGGGCCUGAGACUCGGUCUCCGGGACCGUGCGGCGGCGAUAAGGGUGGGUCGGUGGAGGGCGGUGGAGAUGAAGUGGUGGUGAGCGGUGAGGAGGAGAAAGGGGAUAAGGUGAUUGUGGGAGGUGAAGAUGUGAGAGAGGAUGGUGAUAGGGCUUGUGUGGAUGGGUUGGCUGGGUUGGAAAUUGGAGGGAAGAAGAACAGCAAGGUGAGGAAUGGUGAUGGUGAAGGACCAAUUUUGGUUGGAGUGUAAUGAACUUUGACAGAUUGACAAUGUGAAGAUGAGGUAAAAUACAUAAGAUUUGUUGCAAGUAAUUUUAAGAAGGUUUACAUUUUAUGCAUCCACCACCAUAACAUGUUGCCUGCCUCCGCAUGAAUUGAUGCAUUCCCAACUAUAAUAAGAAAAAAUUUAGUGUUAGUGAACAACUAUUUUCUAAUUUCAUAACAAAAAGAUGAUAAUUUGUGCAGAAAAAAAAACUUGCAUUACAAUUUUUUUGAUUAAUUGAAUUGAAUGUGAUCUACGGUCUACCAUGGUGUCCCAUUAGUGGGUAGCGGCGGUGGAUGGUGGCCGGUAGUAGAUAUACGAAUGGAGAUGGAGUGAUUGAUUUUGAUGAGUUUGUGAAACAUAUGGAGAACAGCUUUUGCAUCCAAUUUUUUCAUGUUUAUAUUUGAAACAGGCUGAAGCUACUCAUUAAAAAUUCACAACCACAGUUCAUAACCUUAGCUCUGAAUUACAAUUGACAACCAGCCCCUCUGUCUAUUUUCUUGUUGCUGUGGGGAAGAUAGUUUCCCUAUUAUUGAAGGAUUUUUUUUCAGUUCUAUAUAUAAUUAAAGAGUUCACUUCUCAUCAUCAAUUACUAUGAAAGCAUUCUUCUCUGCAUAACAUAACAUCACAUUCCAUCCAUACUUUGUUCGUAUUAUGUUCUCUGGUUUUGCCUUUUCCUUGUGUUUCAAAAUUAAAGUUUGAUAAGAACAAUUCAUCUUUCCGGUGCUCACCUUUUUGAUUCUGGAUAAGUUAUUAGAACCCAUUGACCAUGUUUGUUUUGCUGCUGUUUGCAAGCAUUGUCGUUCUAUGUCCAAACUCUAUUAUCAUGUGGCGCAAUAAACAACUUCCCCCAUGCUCUUGAUCCCAAAGCAGGACGACAACUACCGAAGGGUAGGGUAGUGUACAACAUUUCUGAAGGAAGAAUCUACAACAAUAUUCGACUGCAAGUGCCUUUUAGCAGGAGGUGUUGCCAUGGUUGGUUUGCCACAGUAGAUGUUGAGCAAACACUUCCCGUGGUGGUACUCGGGAACACUUUCACAAAAGCAAAGCCCAUCUUUCUCCCUCCCUUGAAAACCAUUAUCUCACACAAUGACCCCCCCUACCAUGAGCAUUACGUUCGUAAGGUUGUCUUGUCUACUGAUCCCAUUCUGAAUCCGGAGAAUUAUGUG